AUGGAGGAGACUGAAAGUAUAUGCCACAAUGCCAGAAUUUCCGCUGACUGGCCGCCUCAGGAUGUCAACUGGCCAAAGAUUUCGGAUUUCCAGUCACAGCAACAAUGUCAAGAGUUAAGUCACCAGUCGUUCAAUAAAGAAAUAGACAUGCAGCAAAUGCUGACACCUCAGACUGAAAAAUGUAGCGAAGUGAUGGAAUUCGAAAAUGAUCAAAUACUACCCUCGCAACUUAAAGUACCAAAGUUGUGGAAGUCGCAUGAUCGGAAGCACUGUUCCUCACCUGCAUUUCCAAGCACCAUGAACAUUGUGUUCAGUAAGUUAACAGUAUACUCAACAACUGGCACCUAA